AUGACCGCGCCUACGCACCUCGAUCCCAGCGAACUGGGCACCAAGUCGUACUGGGAGGCCGCCUACAACACCGAACGCCAAAAUUUCGCCGCAAACGCCGACGACGAAGGAACGAUAUGGUUCAGCGAUGCAGGUGCUGAGGAGCGCAUGCUGUCUUUCCUUGAAGACCUCAGCGAUGAAGGCCACAUACACAAGGAAGGUGACGGGGAUGACAAGAAAGCUGCACGAUUUCUAGACCUAGGAACAGGGAAUGGACAUCUGCCGUUUGCGCUGCGGGAAGACGAGUGGAAUGGCGAGAUGGUGGGCGUCGAUUACUCUGCGCAGAGCAUUACGCUUGCGACGUCAAUCCGCGAUGCGAAGGAUGCCUCUUACGAGGACAUUGCGUUCCAUGAGUGGGAUAUCUUGUCGCAGCCACCGGGCGCAUGGCUGGGCUCUGGCUUCGAUGUUGUACUGGACAAGGGCACAUUUGACGCUAUAUGCUUGUCGCAAGAGGAAGACGCCCAAGGUCGCAGGAUUUGUGAGGGAUAUAGGGCAAAGGUUGAGCCGCUCAUGAAGAAGGGCGGUAGGUUCCUCAUUACGAGCUGUAAUUGGACAGAAGAGGAGCUGAAGGGCUGGUUUGCAGGCGGAGAGCUGGAGUUUGAGGGCAAAGUCAAGUACCCUAGCUUCACGUUCGGAGGCAAGACGGGCAGCAGUGUUGUUACGCUCUGCUUCAAGAGAGUGUGA